UUUAUUAAUUUUCAUAAUAUUACGACUUUUUUUUUUCUCAAAGUAGUGUGACUUUAUUCUUACGGAACUCCAACUUUAUUUCCGCAAUUCUUUUUUCAUGAAAUUGCAGCUUUAUUCUAAAUUUUUUUUUUUUUUUUUUUCAAAAUCGUGGGACUUUAUUCUCAUUAAAUCACAGCUUUAUUCUUGUAACAUUGUGACUUUUUUUCUCAAAGUGAUGACUUUAGUCUCGUAAUAUCACUACUUUUUUCCUUGAAAUAGCAUGACGUUAUUUUAAUUAAAUUAUGACUUUUUUUUCUUCAACGUGGCACUAAUUCUCUGUCGUACUCAUCCUCCUCCUGUCUGGUGUAUAUAAAAUGAAUGUUGAGCUUACAAGUUACAGGCUAUGGAACUAAUUAUGUGGAGCAGAGUGUUACAGGCGGCCUGUGUAGCAGCGUAAAGCCCGAUUUCCACUUCUUUCAUCUGUCUGCUAAUUUCAGAGUCUGUCAGUCCUGCCGGCGUGAAUGAGCUGGCCUGUGGGUGUUGGGGUUUUUUUGUUUGUUUUUUAUGUGAAUGAACAUUUUCGUAUGUGUGAAUGCAUGAUUUUUCUUUCUCCCUGUUGGUGUGUGACUUCGUCCUCAGCAUUUCUGUUUCUAUAGUUACCAUCAGUGUUUUCAGCCCUCCCUCCUCUUCCUUCCCCUCUCCUCCAAAGCACCGAUUCCCCUUUCCUGCCUCCAGCAGCCGUCUCACUCAGCCAAAACCACUUGCUUUUCUGACUUUUGCUUUUUUUUUCAAGAAUGGCUUUUCUUUCUUAUUGCUCUGUUUUUUAUCAUAGCUAUUAUUAUUAUUAUUAUUAUUAUUAUUAUUAUUAUUAUUGUAAAGUGUAUCUGGAGGAAACCUUUGUGUAAAAUACUAUAACUAUACUAUCAUAGGUCUGUUACAGCCGGGGCGAAGAGAAAUGUGGAAAACCAGCAGCUGAAUUACCUCUCAUUUCAAACACACACACACACACACACACACACACACACACACACAAACAAAAAACCUACCCACACACAGACUCUCUCCUUUGCCUCCUCCCUCUUCCUCUCUCUUCUUCUGUCUUACAGACACACACACAUGCACACACAGAGAAGGACUGUUGUCGCGUGUACUGUACAGUGAUUCUGAAGGCGAGCUGGUUGCUCUGUGUGCAGUAGAGUCGGUGUGUAGUGAAGCUUUGUGCACCCAGGGGUAGGGCUGUUCCUGGUCACACUAUCUUACUCUGUGCCAAAAUGUAGUGCAACAGCCGGGCUAGUCCUGUCUGGUCUGAUUCCAAUAAAACACUGAGCUGUCUACAUCACUCCCAGACUCCUCUGCGUCCUCUUUCCCUCCUCGCUCUUUCUCUUUUUCUUUUCUUUUUUUAAUCGAUUCUUGCCUGCUGCUGUUCACAAGCAGAUCUGUUCUGUGGGAUGCUUCAGAGUUUGUGAGAAGAGAGGGGAGGGGAGGGGAGGUGAUGCUUUUCCUGGCCAGCUGACCUAUCAGAGUGCUCAGUUUUAGAGGCCCUGUAGGUGAUGCACAUGCAGAAGGGAGAGGAGACACUCACUGCUGGAGUCAUCUGUGCUGCGGGGUGGAACCACUUGCCUUGUGACAUUUGGCACUGCUAAUUGCCUCUCUGAUUAAUUGGACUACCUGUGUUGGUGCAAAUUGUAGCGGGGAGGCUCCCUGCUGCGCUGUGAAUUCCUGCUGCCUCCAUCUCUUUUGUUCUGAGCCAAUGUUCACCAUGACGCCGGAUAGAGACGCCUGUUGGACGCAAUGACAGCCGACAAGGAGAAGAGAAGGGCAAUCAGCCGCGAGGCAGCCAGAAGGAGACGACGGGUGGAGUCUGAGGUGUUUGGUGAUUUGUCGGGCCUCCUGCCGCUCCAGCCGUCUGUGCGAGCUCACUUGGACAAGCCCUCGGUCAUUCGCCUCACCCUCAGCUACAUACGCAUGCACACACUGCUCAAAGGUAAGACCGGGAUAAAAGCUGAGGCCAGUCAUGCGGUAAAAUGUGGACAAGUGGUGGAAGGUGGAGAGGAACGGCGAGAGCGUGACAGAGGACAUGACGAAGAGGAGGAGAAAGAAACGGAGGAUCUUGAGGCCUCGGAGGAGACCAGCAUGUACCUGAGGAUCCUGGAAGGGUUUCUGAUGGUCGUGUCCACCGAGGGAGACAUGAUCUACCUGUCUGAUAACGUCAGCAAGUACAUGGGCUUAACACAGACUGAGCUGAUGGGACACAACAUUUUCGAGUUUUCUCAUCCUUGUGACCAUGAAGAAAUCAGACAUAAUCUACGUCUAACCGCAGAGGAAGUUUGGUGCGGUGCAAAGAGGGACUUUGUCAUGAGGAUAAAAAGCGCUCAGACACACAGGGGAAGAAGCGCCAACCUCAAGUCAGCUACGUGGAAGGUCUUGCACUGCCAGGGCCAAGCAAAGGCGUGUGUCGCCCCGUCUUCAGUUUCCUGCCUGCUGCUGACUUGCCAGUCUCUGCCCCUCUCACACACACUCCUCAGCACACACACCUUCACUAGUCAGCACAGCAUGGACAUGAGGUUCACGUACUGUGACCAGAGAGUGACUUUCCUUCUAGGGUACAGUCCUGAGGACCUGCUGGGUCAUUCCAUCUAUGAUCUCUGUCACACACUGGACACAAACUGUUUGGCUAAAAAUCAUCUCAACUUGUGUUUGAAGAGUCAGUCAGUCAGCGGUCAGUACAGGAUGCUGGUGAGAGGUGGAGGUUACGUCUGGGUGGAGAGUCAUAGUGCGGUCAUCCCCAGCGUCCGACCCUCGAAGUCCAGGCCUGGCGCCCACCAGCCACUCUGCAUCCUCUGUGUUACCUAUGUCCUCAGUGGAGUGGAGGAGCCGUCCCUGAAGCUCUCUCUGGACCAGCAUGUCCACGGAUGUUUGAGCUGAAACUUGAGUCUGAAGAAGAGUCAGAAAGGCCCCGAUCACACAGAAAGUGGAUUGCACAUCCUUUUUUUUUUAAACACUGAAAGCCACAAGUAAAAAAAAUGUGUUAAAAAAGCCUGCUGUGCCUUUUUAUUGUUGCCAGGCAACCACCCCAUCGUGUCCUUAAGCUAACCUUCCUGUGUAAUCAAUCUACUGUUUUCCCCACAGUAAGCAGUAUCUAGCUCCUGACAUGUUGAGGCAGAGGGUACUUGCUGUAGCUCAGGUUGAGGGUGAGAGGCUGUCAGUAAAUAGUUUG